CAAAGAGUUUAUCCAGUAAUAGAAGCUACUAGAAGAACCUAGUCAGCUCUAGUCCCCUUCCAUUUUCCUCGCCUCACUACCGAAAGCUAGGGUUUACGGUUUCUGCAAUUUCGAAGAUUUUGAAUCUGUAGUAAUCGUAUUUGAAGGUAAUCGGAAAAAGCUAUGGACCCGAUGAAGUUGAAUCAACUGAAGCAAUUCGUCGAACAGUGCAAAUCCAAUCCUUCCAUUCUCGCCGAUCCUUCUCUUUCAUUUUUCCGUGACUACAUUGAGAAUCUCGGUGCUAAACUUCCUCCGGCUGCUUACGACACCGGCGAUUACAAAGAGAAGUCUCAUGCGGUGGAUGCGAGUGAUGACGAAAUGGAUGAUGUUGAGAAUGAUGCUAGUACGAAAGAGACAGUUGAAGAAGAGGAGGAGCCUGAGAUAAUUGAAUCCGAUAUUGAGCUUGAUGAGAGUGACACCGUGGAGCCUGACAAUGAUGAGCCACAGAAGAUGGGAGACCCUUCCGUGGAGGUUACUGAAGAAAGCCGUGAUGCUUCUCAGGAGUCCAAAGCUCAGGCCAUGGAAGCAAUUUCUGAAGGUAAGCUAGAAGAUGCAAUUGAGCAUCUUACAAAGGCAGUUCUCCUCAAUCCUACAUCCGCAAUUAUGUAUGCUACUAGAGCUACUGUUUAUAUCAAGAUGAAGAAGCCAAAUGCUGCCAUACGAGAUGCAACUGCAGCAUUGGAGAUAAACCCAGAUUCUGCUAAAGGUUACAAAUCUCGUGGCAUUGCCAGAGCCAUGCUGGGACAAUGGGAGGCAGCUGCUAAGGAUCUUCACGUGGCUUCGAAGCUGGACUAUGAUGAGGAAAUAAGUGCUGUGCUUAAGAAGGUUGAGCCAAAUGCACAUAAAAUUGAAGAACACCGCAGGAAAUAUGAUAGGUUGCGCAAAGAACGAGAAGAUAGAAAAAUUGAGCAUGAGAGACAACGAAGAAAGGCUGAAGCUCAGGCUGCUUAUGAAAAGGCCAAGAAGCAAGAAGAAUCAUCAUCAAGUAGGAGAGCUGGUGGCUUCCCUGGUGGCAUGCCCGGAGGCUUUCCUGGUGGCAUGCCUGGUUUUCCUGGUGGCAUGCCCGGAGGUUUUCCUGGUGGCAUGCCUGGAGGCUUUCCAGGUGGCAUGCCCGGAGGCUUUCCAGGGGGAAUGCCCGGGUCUGCACCUGGAGGAAUGCCCGGAGGCAUGCCUGGGGGUAUGCCUGGGGCCACACCCGGAGGAAUGCCCGGUAACAUGGACUACAGCAAAAUACUGAAUGACCCUGAAUUAAUGGCGGCAUUCAAGGAUCCAGAUGUCAUGGCUGCACUGCAAGAUGUGAUGAAGAACCCAGCUAAUUUGGCCAAGCAUCAAGGAAAUCCUAAGAUUGCUCCUAUUAUUGCGAAAAUGAUGGGCAAAUUUGCUGGAAAUAAUUGAGAGCUUUUGGGAUUCAGUAGGAAUUUCUAGAGUUUGAUAGAGAACAUGUUACUUAUCGUAAGCUUGGUUUUUAUCGAGUAUAAAGUCAUUCCCCAAGAUUGUGUCUAAUCCAAGUUUAGGUUCAAACUAGCUGUCUUCUUUUUUAUAGAUUUGUUAUUGUUAAGUUAUAUGUAUCAACUAUUUUCCCUACUGGUGAAUGGUGUUAUGCUAUACAAAAACUGCCUUCUAUUUCUA